UCUCAGUUUCGAUUUUUAAGACUCCGUUAUACGUCACUUACAACAAAAAAUGGGAGGAGCAAAACUGUGCUUCUGUUAUGCAUUCUAAUCCACCAAUGACUCACGAAAAACCUGGUGGUAUUGCGAUACAGUCUUCUGCUCCAUUGUAUGCUCAAAAACAACAAGAGCAUCUCUCUGAAGAAAAGGUUCCUAGCAACGCCUUCACCAACGUAUACGCACCACCUGUGAACGUGCCAGCAAAUAACCAUGAACAUCACGAUCACCCACACACUGAGCCUCACAUUCACCAUGACCAUGCUCAACACGAUCAUGGCCACGACGAUGCCCAUCACGAUCACAGCCACGACCACCACGAUCAUGCCCCUGAGCACGUCCAUCACGAUCAUAGCCAUGAAAAAGUCCAUGUUCACCAUGGUCAUGCUCACGAUCAUGCUCACCACAACCAUAGCCAUGACCACGCUCAUCACGACCACGGACAUCAACACAGUUACUCGCCCGUAUUUACACGUCCUUUGCCUUCCUGGAUCCAUAUAUUCUCUCACCUGGCACCUGCACAGAAGACGAUUUUUACUUGGUUUUUAAUACAUGCUGGUAUUGGUAUUUGGCUAUACUGUAUGGGCACAAACAGAGAAAGUUUAUCAUUGGUCGGGUUCUCUUAUCUAAUGAUAUUUGAUGCAUUGGGCGUACUUAAUUCAUUUAUUUCCAGCGUUUUAAGAACAAACCCAGCAUUCGGCACUUCAAAUACAAAGCGACCAUUUGGUGCACAUCGAUAUGAAAUUGUGUUUGCUUUGGGUACCACCAUCUAUUUAAUGUUUGCUACCAUGCACAAUACAAAAGAAUCAUUAGAGCAUUUCUUAUUACAAGACCACCAUAAAGCAGAAGCUCACGACAAGGAAGACCACCAUUUAAAGAUUAGUUUGGGUAUGUUUCUUUUAGUGGGUGCUGCACUGACUGCUACCUGUCUCUCCAGUAUCACCUUGCGAAACCACGAUAAUUUUGUUCGCUAUUUAAGAAGACGACCCACCACCGUGCAUGGAUUUUCGUACAACGUGAUUAAUAGAGCUAGAGGAAACCCAUUCCAUGCAUUGCUGUCUAAUGUAUAUUCAUUAUCAAUUGUCUUGUGUGGAUCUGUCAUUCUUGUGGCUUACAUGUGUGGGAUCGCUACUCCUUUUGUAGAUAAGCUUUUGGCAUUAUCUGAGUCUGUUGUCAUGUUUUAUUUAGGCUAUCCUACAGCUAAAUCUCUUGCUAAGGUACUAUUACAAACCACACCCAACACAGUUCAAAACGGUGUUGAAAACAGACUUCGCGAGAUCCAGCAGGAUGCAAACAUCAUUCAUGUAGAUCGGGUUCAUUUUUGGCAAACGACCUAUGGCAAAUGUGUAGGCACAAUAGAGAUUCGAGUUAGACCCGAAGCAGACGAACAAGCCGUAUUACAAUUUGUCUAUCAAAAAUUAGAGGGCUUAACAAGUUCCGAUGAUAAUGAAAGUGAACUAACCGUCAGUAUUGUGAAAUAAAAUUUCUUUCUUAAAAGAUUU